AUGAGGAGGGGUCGGUCUGAGGCCACCAUCAGGUUUGUGGUCAACGAUGUCCACCAAUUGGACACCAAUCGCCGAUUCAGUGCCGUCACAUACAUCCGACACUUACCCUGGCAAAUAAUUGUCAGAAUUAAUGAAAUGAAGACCACUUCGGGUGACCCGACAUACAUCCGACACUUACCCUGGCAAAUAAUUGUCAGAAUUAAUGAAAUGAAGACCACUUCGGGUGACCCGCCGUCGGAAGUGAUGACUAAAUAUUUGGGAUGUUUUGUCUGUUGUGAUCAGGAGUCGAGGGAUACACGUCUCACAACCAACUGGUGGUGCAAUGCGAGGGUUGAGCAGACACUCGUCGCGCAGUCGGCCACCGGACACAACAUUACCGACAACUUUAAGCACAAAUACAUAUCUAAAGAACACAAUGGCUAUGGUUUUGGCAAAUUCAUUGCAUUUGAAGAAUUACUGGAUCCGCAAAAGGGUUUCAUUGAAGACAAUACGAUUGUCGUGGAGGCGAAGGUCAGCGUCGAUCGACUCUAUGGUGUGAUUAUGCGCUCAAAUGCCGGCAAUAUUUUUCAGUCACUUCAAUGGAAAUCCGACGAUAUUUAUCCACAAUUGGAUUACUUUAUGAAUGAAUCCAAAAGUGAUGUUGUGUUCAAAGUGGAGGGCAAACGCAUUCCGGCCCUCAAAGAAAUCAUUUGUUUUCAAUGCAAUUAUUUUCGGUCAAUGUUUUCGGGAAAUUAUACCGAAAGCAAAGCUAAAGAGAUUGAAAUCGCGGACACGACUUGCAUUGCGUUCAAAGCCAUCAUUUGGUAUUUAUAUUCACAUGAAUUGGCCAUCGAUUCGGACGAUAUGUUAAUCGAUUUGGACUUUCAGUACGAAGUCUAUAGACUCGCCGAUAGUUUCCAAAUCAAACGACUUCUCAAUCGAUACGAAACCAAAUUGAAAGCAAACAUUACUGAAGAGAAUCUCGAAUUGGCAUUCAUUGAUAAGACAUUUAAUAAACUGAUUCUCGAAGACAGCGAUUAUCUGAAGAAAAUUAAUGGAUUUACUAAUGACUAUAUGUUGGAGAAAACAAUUGAAAGUUCCCGCAAAAGGGCCCGAAUUACUCAAUACUAUUACCUAUUAGUGUCCACACAAGUGGUUAUUCAUCUCAAGAGCGGACAGACAUUCAUCACAAGCUAUACGGCAAUGAAUACAACCUCUGGUGACACAGAAGAGGAGAGGGGUCGGUCUGAGGCCACCAUCAGGCAACUGUUCGUAGAGAUGAGUGAAAGUGAAGACACUAUCGGUGAACACGUGGGCGUAUUUCUCAGGUGUCAAUACAACGGCAAUAUAAUAGACUUUAAGCACAAAUACAUAUCUAAAGAACACAAUGGCUAUGGUUUUGGCAAAUUCAUUGCAUUUGAAGAUUUACUGAAAGCCGAAAUGGGUUUCAUUGAAGACAAUACUAUUGUCGUGGAGGCGAAGGUCAGCGUCGAUCGACCCUAUGGUGUGAUUAUGCGCUCAAAUGCCGGCAAUAUUUUUCAGUCACUUCAAUGGAAAUCCGUCGAUAUUUAUCCACAAUUGGAUUACUUAACAAACGAAUCCAAAUGUGAUGUUGUGUUCAAAGUGGAGGCCAAACGGAUUCCGGCCGUCAAAGAUGUCUUAUGUUUUCAAAGCGAUUAUUUUCGGUCAAUGUUUUCGGGAAAUUAUACCGAAAGCAAAGCUAAAGAGAUUGAAAUCGCGGACACGACUUGUAUUGCUUUCAAAGCCAUCAUUUGGUACUUAUAUUCACAUGAAUUGGCCAUCGAUUCGGACGAUAUGUUAAUUGGUUUGGACUUUCAGUACGAAGUCUAUAGACUCGCCGAUAGUUUUCAAAUCAAACGACUUCUCAAUGAUUUUGAAAACCAAUUGAAAGCAAACAUAACUGAAGAGAAUCUCGAAUUGUUUUAUACUCAAUACUAUUACCUAUUAGUGUCCACACAAGUGGUUAUUCAUCUCAAGAGCGGACAGACAUUUAUCACAAGCUAUACGGAAAUGAAUCCAACCUCUGGUGACACAGAAGAGGAGAGUGGUCGGUCUGAGGGCACCAUCAGGUUUGUGGUCAACGAUAUCACACAAUUGAAUACCGAUCGCCGAUACAGCGCUGUUACAUACAUACGACACUUACCCUGGCAACUGUUCGUAGAGAUGAGUGAAAGUGAAGACACUAUCGGUGAACACGUGGGCGUAUUUCUCAGGCAACUGUUCGUAGAGAUGAGUGAAAGUGAAGACACUAUCGGUGAACACGUGGGCGUAUUUCUCAGGUGUCAAUACAACGGCAAUAUGAGCUGGUGGUGUACAGCGAGUGCUGACCUGACACUCGUCGCACAGUUGGAUACCGACAACAACUUUACCCGAAGUGAGCGCCCGUUUAAUAUACAUGAAUUAGUCGAUCCGGAAAUGGGUUUUAUUAAUGGUAAUACGAUUGUCGUGGAGGCGAAGGUCAGCGCCGAUCCACCCUAUGGUGUGAAUAUGGUCUCAAAUAUUGAGAAUAUAAUCCAAAGUAAAGAUAUGAAUUAUUACCCAGAAUUGGCUUAUUUUAUGAACGAAUCCAUGAGUGAUGUUGUGUUUAAAGUGGAGGGCAAACACAUUCCGGCCGUCAAAGAGUUGUUGUCAUUUAAAAGCGAUUAUUUUCGGUCAAUGUUUUCGGGAAAUUAUACCGAAAGUAAUGAUAAAGUGAUUGAAAUUCCGGACACGACAUGCGAUGCCUUCAAAGUCAUCGUUUGGUACUUAUAUUCACAAGAAUUGGCCUUCAAUUUGACCGAAGAAACGGAUUUGCAGUUAAUAUACGAUGUCUUCAAACUCGCGGACAGAUUUCAAAUCAAACGACUUCUCGAUUAUUAUGAAAACCAAUUGAAAACAAACAUUACUGAAGAGAAUCUCGAAUUGGUUUCGAGAAUUGCUUUCGAGUAUAAAAUCGAUUCUUUGAGGACUUGUGUGAAGGCAUUCAUUGAUAAAACAUUUCAAACACUAGUUCUCGAAGACAUGGAUUAUAUGAUUAAAAUGAAUGGAUUAACGGAUAACUAUUUGUUGAAGAAAAUGAUUAGAAACGCCCGCAAAAUGAUCAAAAAUGUUGAAUAA